UCAUUUUGUUUGUUAUGAAGUGAAUUUUUAUAAACUUUGUUUUACCGUAAUUCGAACGUAUAGACAGUAGAUCGCAUUAAUUCUAAAUAGCAAGCUGUUAAAACGAAAAGCUUUUUUUUACAGUCAUGGCCGAUGAGCCGUCAAUUCAACAUGCCACACCCCCCGCAAGCACAAACGAACAAACGCCGGAGAUAUUUAAAUUGAACAAUGAUUGUCUGGAAUGUAUAUUCGAGCGUUUGCAAGAUCUACGCAGCGAGGUAGCCUUCGCCAGAGUUUGCCAGCGCUUUCAAUGGGUAUGUCUAAACCGCUGGCGGAGCUCGCACAUCUACGACCAGCUCGAUAUGGAAAAGUGGCGUGAAUUACUGCCAAAUUAUGAUGAUCUGUGCUAUUUCAUAAAACAAAUGCGUCCCUUCAUACGCCACAUAACGGUGUCGAGCUGUUUGUGCACUUUGCUGAAAGACCUGGAGGAAAUGCAGAUUUACGUGCUGCCCAAUUUGACUAGUUUCUAUUAUGAUCCGGAAGAUGUGGAUUGUUAUCCAUCAGAUCGUAGCAUAUGCAAAAUGGCCAAAAUGAUGCCGAAUCUGUUGCGAUUGCGUCUGACAACGCCAAUACAAGGUCGUUAUCUAUCCAAUUUUCGGCAUCUGCAGGAGCUACAUUUGUACGAGGACCAGCAUAAGGCAUACGAACUGCAGCAGGAAUACCUCGAUGAGGUCUGCAGUCAAUUGCCCAACUUGCAAGUGCUGGACAUUCGAAUGUACGAUGUUAUAAGCAAACUGCGGCUCAACAAUUGCGUCGCCUACCUCAACAAUCUCACCAUCUUGAAGCUCAAUUUGGCCACAUUGAAGACAGUUCUAGCAGAGGUGCUAAAGCUACCGGCGCUCAAGCAGUUGAUUGUGCUGCUCGACACCGAGUUUUGUAUACCGGUGUCAGCGAGUGUGGAUACUUACGACCACAAGAUCCGAGAAGUGCACGAGUUCUACGAGAUAAUGGAGCGCAAAGCGCCGGAUAUUAUAGGUUUUGCUGUUGACGGUUAUUAUAUGCCUUUGGAGCCCGGCUGGGAUGCAGAUCUGUCCAUUUGGUCGUAUCGAAAGCUCCAGCGCCUGGCGAUUUGUAGCUGGACCCAUGCCGUAGAUGUUUUGGAGCGUUACACCUGCAUGACAAAUCUGCAGUUGCUGUGCCUGCGCAAUUGGACCAAAAUGUGCGAUGAUGUUCUGCUAAAAUUCAUUGAGAUGUGUCCAAAACUGCAUCAUCUGGAUGUGUCCUAUUGCCGAGAGCUGACGCCCAAUUUUCUACAACGAGCGCUUAACAUUCUGAAGAAGCGCGAACCAAACAAACAAAAUAAUAGAUUUUCGCGCAAACCACCUCUGCUAAUAUAUUACGUACUCUGUGGCUUUGAGGACUAUGUUGAUCUCAAGGAUCUUAAACGCUCACCCGAAUACAAGGACUACAUUUUGUUUAUGGAUGCCUUUCCAGUUAGCUCCGAACGUGGCCUAAGUUUCGUAGAUCGCGGCUAUCAAUUUGAUUUUGAUUAAAAUAUUGGGGAAUACAAUUUGAUCUUGUACAUAACAAACAACUCAUCGGCUUAUUAUAAAUUCUAAAGACUCGUUACAUAUAUUUAUUGUAAAUUUA